GGCGGAGGGGGCUGGGGCUGGGCAGAAAUAAAGCUGGGGUGCUAGGGAGGUGGCUGUCCCCAUCUUGAUGUCCAGUUCCCCUACCAGCAUGGCCACCCAUCGCGUGGUUUUGGUCCGCCACGGUGAGAGUUCAUGGAACCAGGAGAACCGUUUCUGUGGGUGGUUUGAUGCCGAGCUGAGUGAGAAGGGGAUCGAGGAGGCCAAACGCGGGGCCCUAGCCAUCAAGGAAGCCAAGAUGGAGUUUGACAUCUGCUACACGUCGGUGCUGAAGAGGGCCAUCUGCACCCUCUGGACCAUCCUGGAUGGCACGGACCAGAUGUGGCUGCCUGUGGUUCGUACCUGGCGCCUCAACGAGCGGCACUAUGGUGGCCUCACGGGGCUCAACAAGGCCGAGACAGCUGCCAAGCAUGGCGAGGAGCAAGUGAAGAUCUGGAGGCGCUCCUUUGCCACCCCGCCGCCCCCCAUGGAUGAGAAGCACCCCUACUACACCGCCAUCACCAAGGACCGCCGUUACGCAGGACUGAAGCCAGGGGAGCUGCCCACCUGCGAGAGCCUCAAGGACACCAUCGCCCGGGCCCUGCCCUUCUGGAAUGAGCAGAUCACCCCCCAGAUCAAGGCUGGCAAGAGGGUGCUCAUUGCGGCCCAUGGCAACAGCCUGCGGGGCAUCGUCAAACACCUGGAAGGGAUGUCGGAACAGGCCAUCAUGGAUCUGAACCUGCCCACGGGGAUCCCCAUCGUGUAUGAGCUGGACAAGGCACUGAAGCCCACCAAGCCCAUGCGCUUCCUGGGAGACGAGGAGACUGUGAAGAAGGCCAUGGAGGCUGUGGCUGCCCAGGGCAAGGCCAAAUGAGGGUAGUACGGGCAAUAAAGCAUCUCUGCACACUG